UUUUAGAACAUUCGCACGCACACACACACACAGAAUUUUCCUAGGUGAUAAAAAAGUGAGUGAAAAUCGAGGAUUUCUACACGCAUCGCACGCUAUCGGUCACAAAGUCACCGAGAUAGCUGUCACUGCCACCGCCGCAGCACUUUUCACGCGCUCCUGGCCAGAAGGAAAUGAGCGCGCCGAGUAACAAAAUGUCGGCCACCGAUCAGAUGCGAGCAAUGCUGGACCAGCUAAUGGGCACCACACGGAAUGGGGACGAGCGCCAGCUAAAAUUCUCGGACACCAGAGUCUGCAAAUCCUUCCUGCUCGACUGCUGCCCGCACGACAUCCUGGCGUCCACGCGCAUGGAUCUCGGUGAGUGUCCCAAAGUGCAUGACCUGGCUUUCCGCGCAGAUUACGAAAGUGCCGCCAAGUCGCGCGACUACUACUACGACAUCGAGGCCAUGGAGCACCUGCAAGCCUUUAUCGCCGACUGCGAUCGACGCACCGACUCCGCUAAACAACGGUUGAAAGAGACCCAGGAAGAACUGACUGCCGAGGUGGCCGAGAAGGCGAAUGCUGUCCAUGGCCUUGCGGAGGAGAUUGGCAAGAAGUUGGCCAAGGCCGAGGCGCUCGGCGAGGCCGGCGAAGUGGAGGACAGCAUGGAGCUGAUGAAGGAGAUCGAGGAGCUGCGUGCUAAGAAGAUCAAGGCCGAGCACGAAUACCGAACCUCUAUGCCCGCAUCCACCUACCAGCAACAGAAGUUGCGCGUCUGCGAGGUCUGCUCCGCCUAUCUCGGUAUUCACGACAACGACAUCCGGCUGGCGGACCACUUUGGUGGUAAGUUACAUCUCGGAUUCCUCACCAUCAGAGAGAAGCUGAUCGAACUGGAGAAGACGGCGGCGCCGCGGAAAGCGGAGCUCAAGCGGACGGGUAAGAUGACGGAUCGCGACGACGAGGGCCGUGGACGCAAUCGCUACUUUGUAGGUGGUCGUGAACUAGACCGCCGCUCUCGCGUACAUCGUUCUCGCUCCAGAGAACGACAGCGCAACCGGGAUGGGGAGCGCGAACGACCCAACAACGGACGCGCAACUGAGGAGAAGAGCAGUGAGCGACCCAAGGAAGCGGCGGAUGUUCCCGAGCGUGCCGAAAGAGCUGCAGAUCGUGGAGGCCGGCGAGAUGAUAGAGACAACCACGGCAGAGAUCAUCGCGAACGGGAACGCGAUGGCAGACGAGAUAGGGAGCGCCAUGGACGCAACGACAGAGGACGCUUUGGUGACAGAGGCGGCGGAGGAGGAGGCGCUGGUCAUCACCGAGACGACAGACGCCGCUCAAGGUCUAGGGAACGCUCGCCAAGGGAACGCCGCAACUUCAACCACUUUAGGGAUGGCGGUAGCGGCGGAAAUGGCCAGCGCAGACGCUCCCACUCCCGUGAGCGCUACUCCCGCCGCUAGGCUAGAAUCCCGCCCAGCGCACGUACGUAGCAUUAAUCACAUGAACUAUAAUGCCACCACAAAUUGAACUACUGAAAACAACAGGAAGCGAAUAUUCUUAGCGUAAUCAAUAAAGCAACCUAGAGCCACACUUUCGACGCUCCAAUGUGAAGAUACAACUACCUUUGUAAAUUUUUAAUACUUUAAUUGAUUUCUAUUUUUGAUCUUGCGUUCCAACCUCUAAUGACCGAAUAAAGCAGACAAAUUUCUGUUGCUACCCCAAAGUUAACCGAACCCAGCCUGAGACCCCAACCUCAAUGAAAAAUGUAAGAGAUACGAUAUACUUGAUAUAAUGCGAUUGAAAUUAUGUAGUCCCCGUCCAGUCCAGUGUACUUGGCACGUAGAAAAACCGAACCGGAAAUAGAAAUCCCAACGAAUCCGCAGUGUUGUCAAUUGUAGUUCAGUUCAUAGUAAUUCGGUUAGGACACAGCGGAUGUCAAGCUAAAGAAAACUAAAUGAUGCAGAUUGAGAGCAGGAGAAUCGUUUAAUAUUUGAUAUUUUGUGUGUUGUAUAGCUAGCUACAGGUUGGUAACACUGACUGAAACCCAACCUGAAACCUGACCACAUUCGACCAUGUACUCUUCUCAGCUAACGAUCACGUUCACCCAGUCGAAGUCAACGUGUGUUGUGCAUCGCUGUCGUCCGGCUUUGGGCGUUCUCUACUUGAAGUUCCACACUUUCGCAGCCGCUUAAACUCUCGCACAGCUUCGGUACGUAUUGAGUAUGGCGAGGUGAUUAUAUCAUAUCCAUUAUACCAGACCAAUGUUAGUUGUUUUGGCAGAUAUGCGUAUUACAUAGAUAAUCCAGAUAAUAUAGCUUGGGUACGUAUCCAUUCCGGCCGACGUUUCCUUUCGAAUCGUCGAAUGAGUGUGUCCUUUAUUUAUUCGGUUCUGGGUACGUAUAAUGUUAGAAGAUCACGACUGUGGUACGUAUGCAUAUAACGACUAUAAUGGUGCCCCAUAAGCAAACCGGCAAACCAGGCUUUGUAGGGUUCUCGGCGAUCCAGAUCCCAACGUACGUAUUCCUCCUCCUCUCUCUCUCUCUUGAAAUAUAAUGAAAAAUAAUUAAAAAUACAAUCACAACAAACCCAAAUAAAUUUUAAUCUCGUAGCUGUUUAGAGGCAAUUGAAAUCCGUUUCUUACUAAAUCUCUAUUUAUCUUGCAAAAUGGUACUUAAGCCACAGAAUCGAUGCCGCCGCGGGGGCUCAGAUCAGUACAGUACAUGCCUAUAUGUGAGUAUUCGGGCCACUAAUCUCUGAUUACAAUCAAGCAAAUACCAAAUUUAAUCACCGAUGACGGCUGUUCUUGGUUUGUUUUUUCGGCAGCCAAGGAUUUAGAGUGGGAGUUAUGAGAGCAGUGUAAAGAGUUGUUUGUGUUUGGCCCUGACAGUGGGUAAGAAUCGAUCGAUAAUGCCAUCUGAUUUUUAACUACCAUAUAUCUAUUAACAAUACCUGUUGUUUUAUCUACGCCUAAGUCAACACACUGUUCUACACACUUUUAAGUUAUACACUACGACACACGACACACUCAAAUAAGAUAAAAACUAAAACUAAUCUUUAUGGAUCUAAGCGGAAUGUAAUAAAAUUGCACUUGAAUUAUA